AUGAUAGUGCAAAUAAUAAAAAGAUGGCAGGAUGGAGACUGGGAUGGAUAUCCUCCUACUCAACGAUCCCUUGUGCCGCUUUUCAAUUCAUUUGGCCCAAAUAGCCCAAUGUCUGCCAUAAAUUUCAAAUUCACUAACUACUACAACAACUGUAAGUUUGAUCCAACUUCACCUAAUGACACGUUACAAAUCAGUAAUGCAAGUUCACCAAGCACGAGUGGUGGAGUAGAAUGCCCACGUUGUGGAAGGCAUUACAAACUUAAAAGCUCAUUACGAAAUCAUCAAAAAUGGGAAUGCGGAAAGGACCCACAAUUCCAAUGUCCAUUUUGCAAUUAUAGAGCUAAACAAAAAAUGCACGUUGCUCGGCAUAUUGAACGUAUGCAUAGAGAAAAAUGCUCAGAAGAAUUUCAGAAUAUUACUGGGCAAACUACAACAGCUGCAACAACGGCAACAGCUGUAGGAGAUAUUAACUCAUAA